AUGUCCUUCAAGAAGUUCAAGUUAUACCCAAACACUGUAUCUUUAACUGCAAACCUCGCUAUCGCACAACUGGAGUCCUGCGAGUCCCUCUCCAUCACCGCUGCUAUAUGCGCUCUAUACGAGUGUAGUCUUCUGUCAAUUUGCCCUCACAGCUCGACUUCUCUAUUAGAACGUCCUAUCGUCGUUAGGAAUGACCUUCCUUUUCACGUUAUUGAACCUCUUUUGAAGUAUAUUGACAAUAUUGUUAUUUCUGCAGGUCCCGGUAAUCCUGUUAACGAUGAUGACUUUGGCCUUUGUAAAGAUAUUAUAAAACGAUAUUCCGGCCCUAUUUUAGGUGUUUGUUUGGGCCUUCAAGGUUUAAUUUACCACUCGGGUUCUGGGAAAAUUGUAGCUGCUCCUGAACCUUUUCACGGAAGGGUCAGCGAGAUAUUCCAUGAAGAUUAUGAACAGCCUCUUGAAUUAUUUUCUAAAAUCCCAUCAUCAUUUAAAGCUGUGCGCUACCAUUCCCUAAUGGCUGUGUUAUAUGAAAACAGUGAUUUUAAAGUUAUUGCAAAAACUGCUGAUGAUAUCAUUAUGGCUGUGAAACAUAGAAAUCAGCACCAGUAUGCAGUUCAGUUUCAUCCAGAAUCAAUUUGUUCUUUUAAGGGAAGCAAAAUUCUUAAAAAUUUUAGGAAAAUUACUCAAGAGCGCAACAAAGAAAAGAACGAAUUUAUUAAUGAGGCUAUUGCUAAACGCUUUUUUCAUCUUUGUUACUACCGGCGCUUAAGUGGCCUUAACAAUUUAUAUAUAAAUUCAAAUAACAUUGGCCUCAGAACUGCUAUUAUUAGUAAUACAAGAACUUGCAGAGACUUUAAAAAGAUUCUGUAUGUUUUAAAGCUUGAAAAAAUAAAUCAUUUAAAACCUGAAAGAAGUUUUCGUGAACUUUUUGGAUCUAAAAAAUUUUCUUUUUGGCUUGAUACUUUUGAGCCUAAUGAACGCAACAGGUUUUCAUAUAUGGGUUAUGCUGGUAAGCAUGGAAGUAAAGUUUUGUAUUACGAUAUUGCCACCCGCCACGUGCUCAUUUCUACUGGAAAGAACACAAAUUCUUAUGAGCUUAAAAAGUCGCAAACGUUUUUUAGUGUUGUAGAAAACGAAGUUCAUGCAAGGUUGUACGAUCAAAUGCUUUGCUAUAGUUACGAUAAACAUGCAGGAAAUAUUGUGCCAUUGCCGAUGGACCCCCCCGUUGCUCUUCCCUUUGACUUUCACACGGGAUUGGUGGGUUAUUUUGGUUAUGAGAUGACUGCAGAAUCUCUUGCUUCUAACGCAUUUCACAAACGAAAGAUAUAUGAUAAUAAAAGUUCUAGCCAACAGCUCCCCACCAGCGCUCUGCUUUUGUGCAAUAGAGUUGUUGUUUUUGAUCAUCAUAAAAACGAUAUUUAUGUACUUCAUUUUAAAGAUUUUACAUUACAGCCGCCCAUAAACAUUGCCAGCUCAGGGCUUCAUUUAUCUGAGGGUGGUUGGCUGUUUAAAGUUAUUAAAAAUCUUCUUCAUAUCCACACAGUCAACUCAUCAGAAGAAUUAAAAAGUAAGAAGAAGGAACCAUCAAGUAUUGAAAAGCUUGAAAAAACAUAUUUUUCAUUAACUCAUAGCGAACGCACUUACAAAAACCACAUUCGCCAUUGCCUCGAACAUAUAAAGAAGGGUGACUCUUACGAAUUGUGUCUAACGUCUCAACUAAAGUCCACAUUCCAUGUGGACCCACUCGAACUAUAUAUGGAAAUUAGAAAGUAUAAUAAGGUCCCAAAUGGAUGCUUUUUGAAACUUUCGCAGAGUCAGUACGUUCUCUGCGUCACCCCUGAAGAUUUUUUAUUGGUAGACCAAUUUGGGACUGUUGAAACUAGACCAAUUAAAGGAACCAGAAAAAGGGGAAGCACUAAGGAAGAAGACUUUGAACUGAAAACCGAUCUUGAAAAUAGUGAAAAGGACUUUUCUGAAAACUUAAUGAUAGUGGAUCUGAUGAGAAAUGACUUAAGUAUGGUCUGCCGGCCUGGAUCUGUCCACGUGCCUUCUCUAAUGCAGUCUUACCCAACGCUUCACCAACUUGUUAGUACCAUUAAAGGGGUUUUGAACCCAAACGUUUCUGCUGUACGCUGCCUUCAAGCCUGUUUUCCUCCAGGGAGUAUGACAGGCGCCCCUAAAAUCCGCUCGGUUGAACUUUUAAGGGAUAUAGAAAAGCAACCACGUGGGGUCUAUUCUGGGUGUAUUGGUUUCUUGUCUAUCCAUGGCCCAAUGAAGAUGUGCGUGGUCAUACGAACAGUAGUGAUCGAAAACACUGCACUUUCUAUUGGCGCUGGAGGAGCUAUUGUGGCCUUAUCCAACAUUGAAGAUGAAUUUAAAGAGUUUCUUUUGAAAACUAAGAGCCUUAUUCUCAGCGUGCUCCGUUUGAAAAAAGUUAUACCUGAACAUACGGAUGGAAACUGCAUAGAAGUAGUAUGUGAUAAAAGGCAUAGGUUGCCACAGCUCAGUGUCAUGUUCCCUCAAGGAAAUCAUGGGCGGAUUCAUCCCGUCCAAGCUGCUGCUAGAUUGAGGUAA